AUCAACCUGGCCUCUUCCCUACGUGGCUGAAGAAUUUCUGAGAAAAUCUCGUGCUUUAAUGGCGCCGUCUCUUUCGCCAAUCAAAACGCACCACGUGGCGGUCAUAGGCGCCGGAGCCGCCGGGCUUGUGGCGGCGCGUGAGCUCCGUCGCGAGGGUCACUCUGUGGUCGUCUUCGAGCGUCAAAACCAAGCCGGAGGAACAUGGAUCUACACCGAUCACGUCGAAUCCGAUCCAUUGAGCCUGGACCCGACCCGACCCGUCGUCCACUCGAGCGUCUACGGCUCUCUCCGCACGAAUCUUCCCCGAGAAUGCAUGGGUUUCAGGGAUUUUCCAUUCGUGACCCGACCCGGCGAGUCCAAAGACCCGAGAAGGUUCCCGGCUCAUUCUGAGGUUUUGUCGUAUCUGCAAGAGUUCGUGCGAGAGUUUGAGAUCGAGGAGAUGAUUCGGUUCGAGACGGCGGUUGUGAAGGUAGCUCCGGCGGCGGGGGACGGCGGAGAUGGCGGGAAAUGGAGGAUCGAGUCGACAGAGAAAGGGAAGUGCAGUUCUCGUGAUGAGAUUUAUGAUGCCGUUGUUGUCUGUAAUGGCCAUUACAUAGAACCUCGUCUCGCUGAAAUUCCUGGCAUCAGUUCUUGGCCGGGGAAGCAGAUGCAUAGCCACAACUUUCGUGUUCCAGAGCCAUUCAAAGAUCAGGUUGUUGUGCUGAUCGGGAGCUCGGCUAGUGCUGAUGAUAUAAGCAGGGACAUAGCUGCUGUUGCCAAGGAGGUUCAUGUGGUAUCUAGAUCAAAUUCCGCCGAUUCAUAUAUAGAGCAGCCCGGUUAUGAUAAUCUUCGGAUGCAUUCUAUGAUAGAACGUGCCGAUGAAGAUGGUUCUGUGGUUUUCCAAAACGGGAGAACAGUUUUUGCUGAUGUUAUUAUGCAUUGCACCGGGUACAAGUAUCACUUCCCGUUUCUUGAAACCAAUGGAAUAGUUUCUGUGGAUGAUAACCGAGUUGGGCCGUUGUACAAGGAUGUCUUCCCACCGAAAUUGGCACCAUGGCUCUCCUUCAUCGGUAUCCCAUGGAAGGUCGUACCUUUCCCGAUGUUUGAGCUGCAAAGCAAAUGGAUCGCGGGUAUUCUCUCGGGUAGGAUCCCACUCCCUUCUGAGGAAGAGAUGAUGGAAAAUGUCAAAACUUUCUACGCAAAGCUCGAAGCUGAAGGGAUCCCCAAGCGAUAUACUCAUCGAAUGGGCAAUACCCAGUUCGAAUACAAUAACUGGUUGGCCUCGCAAUGUGGGUGUCCCGAGAUGGAAGAAUGGAGAAAAGAGAUGUAUUUGGUGACCGGGUUGAGAAAGAGGGCUCGUCCCGAGACGUACCGUAACGAAUGGGACGAUCAUCAUUUGGUUUCCGAAGCUCUUGAGGAUUUUGCUCUGUACACUUCACAAGUUUGAUGUGAGGAGGAGGUAAAAACAAAUACAAAAAGUGCAAACCGGUAAAUAUGUUCAAAUCUGGAAAACGUUGGUUGAACCGGGUUUUGUCAUACAUAAUAUAUUGGCAAAAGAAUAAAAUGAAAUUGGUGGAAUACAUGUUCACCUCACGAUCCUGUUA